AUGGCCGAUACAGAAUGGGAAGAGCUCACUGAUGAGCAAGGAAACACAUACUACUACAAUUCUGUGACCCAAGAAACCACCUGGACGAAGCCUGGAUCCAUUGGAGACUGGCUGGUCUACACCACAGACGAUGGACGCGAGUACUACUAUAAUGAAAAGACCCAGGAAACCACUUGGGAAAAACCAGAUGGGCUCGUUGUCAAUGAAGAUAUAAAGCUAGAUGAAGAAGGAGCUGAGGAGACUCUAAACGACCUCGAUCGUGAAUUGCAACAGAAACCAAUCCAGCCGUCACCGAUUCAACAAAAAAUAGCAGAAGUGCAGCCAAAUAGUCGAGAUAAUUUUAUUCAGUUGUUGAGUGAUAAUUCUGUCGAUUCCACCUGGUCGUUUCAAAAAGUCAUGUCCAGGUUUAUCAAGGAACCAGCAUACUGGGCUGUGGAAGACUCUCUCGAAAGAAAAAAGAUUUACGAUGAGUUCUUAGACUCGAGGCUCAGAAACGACAUCUCCAAUAAAGAAGCAGUAGUACAAAAGUUCAAAACAGAUUUUGUUGCAUUAUUGGAAUCUUACAGAAACGACGACAAAAUCAAUACAAACACGCGCUGGAUCUCCAUUAAGCGAAAAUUAAUAGAUGAAGAAAACCCCAUCUUCACCCACACGGUGCUUUCCGAUGCUGAAAUUUCUAAUAUUUACUACGAAUUUAUCAAUGAAACUCGCCACGCUGAGCAAGAAGAGGUACAAAAGAAGAAGAAACAAGCGCUAGACGAACUAGAGUCCUAUUUGACCAAGGUAAAUACCAAUCUUGUCACCUCAAGCAAAGACUGGAACCAAUUGUACGACCGUCUUCAAAACGACUCCAGAUUUCAAGCCAACAAGCAUUUCAAAGAUUUGGACAAACUCGAUAUCCUUGACCUUUACAUGUCCAAGAUAUUUCCUAUUACUGUGCAGAAGCUCCGUGACGAGCUUCAAACCGUGGAAAAGGCUAACCAUCGCCAGGAUCGAAAGGCACGUUCAAAUUUCAAAAAGUUUUUGAGCCUGCUCAAGAUCACAGCCUCAACUCUAUUCAAGGACAUGGUACCUAUUUUUGAGGAGAAUGACGCAUAUAUAGAGCUUUGUGGUCGAAAGGGAUCACUGCCAUUGGAGCUUUUCUGGGAUGUGGUCGAUGAGGCAUACCAGGCAAUUAAAUUCCGAAAAGAUUUAGUGGAAGGCUACUUUCUCGAUAUGAGACGUCAUGAUCCGGUCACCUAUGAUUAUCAGAACCUUCUUCAGUCAUUUGGUCACUUUACUGAAGUCAUACGCAACUCUAAUGACGACCGAUUAUCUACCAUCAAGCUGCUUCCACAAGAAGAAUUGCAAACCGUUUAUUCCGCAAUUAAACAAGACCACGAAAAAUUACAAGAAAGCUUGAAAAAGGCCAACGAAGAGAAGAUUCUAGUGCAAGCUGGCGUUUUGGCUAGAUGGUUGAGCGAGCAUUACACUCAACUUGAUUAUAUCAAUGUCAGCGACGAAGAAAAUGAAGCAGCAAUCAGAAUCAGUUCCAAACUAAACCUCAUCAGCGCUGAUUACGAAGCACUCAAGGGCCAAUUGUCGUCUGUGGAAGAGUUUGAAAUACUACAACAGUUAUGUCAGAGCUCAGAAGACACUCAACAAUCAUUAUCAGUUGCGCUAGAAAAAGCUGUAACGGAACUCAUCAAACUUCUUCAAGAAAAGUCAUUUUUCAAAGAAACCACAUCACGAAAACGUGAAAAUUCCAACACGCAUGAUCUGGAACCAAAACGUCCUAAACCCACUCCCAAAGUUAAUCCAGUCGUUAUCAACUACUGA